AUGGAUAUCCAAGUUGAAUGCACGUCGUCGAUUGUGGCAGCAUCUACUGGCACUCUCGACACCCCGCCGCCCAUGAUCUGGGCUGCAGGGAAUUCGGCGCCGAGGGGACAUGGGAGUCCCAGCAGUAGUUGCACCAUGGCGAAGGGGCAGCGGAUGCUCUCCUUCCCCUCCUCUCGCCGAGAAAAGUCCUACCAGCGACCGGAAAGUACAACGCACGCCAGCAGCGCAGCCGUGACGGCAGCGGUAGCGACCACAUCCGCGCUUGCUUUGGACAGCGCCCUCUGCGAUAUGGGUGUGACGCAGGGGUGCAGGCAGUACAUCAGCGAUGAAUGCAAGGAAGAGAAGCGACAGUACUUUCUCCAGCAACGGUGCCCGCAGCGCAUGUCGUGGGUGCGCAUCUGCGGCAGCGGACUGUCGGCGAUGGCGUCAUUCGAAGAGUCCGCAGCCAACUCCCUGCGCGCCUCGCGCUCGCUCUUGAAUGUGAUCGCGGCGUCGAGCGGCAGCUGGGGGGAGAAUCCUCGUGACUCACUCGCCACCACCGGGCAUGGCGGUGGGGGUCACAGCACCAGUGGCAGUGACAGCACCGUCCCGCUGCAGGAUGCCAGCCUUAGCAGCAGUGGCAACAGCGUGGGCGUGGACAUCGAGGGUGUCCUGCAGCCCCCGGCGCGCUUCGGACACACUGCCGUCCUUUACAAGGACUCCCAGAUUCUCAUCUUCGGCGGCAAGUCGAGCGAGGAGCACUACUUCAACGAUGUCUACCAAUACGACGCGUCGACGCGGCGCUGGAGCUGCCUACAGGAAGAGUGCACCGACGAGGUCGCAGCGGCGGUAAGCGCUAACGAGCAAGGAAGCGCCAGUCCGUCGUACGCGUCCGCCCCGCCUGCGUCGCCGUUCUUCUCUUCCCCGACCGCGUCACCGCUGGCGUCGAUGCGAUGGGUCGAAGCAGGAUUAGUGGCGGAACCUCCUGCCGAAGCAGCAGCAACAGAUGCACCCUCACCGCACUACCGCAGCGACUCUGCCAACAACAGCGGCAGCGAGGAGAGCAGCGCCACCCGGCGCUGCGCAACCAUCUCGCGUGACUUCACUUCACAUGUCCAGCAGAGCACGGUGGUGGACGGGGCACUGGCGGCCAGGGCAGGCAGCCGCCACGGCAGUGCUUCCCGAGAGUACCACUCGCUCUCGGAGGCAGGGGCGAGACGGCGUCGGCGUCCCGCGGGACGAGUCGGCCACGCCGCUGCGCUGUACCACGAUACGAUGUACAUCCUCAGUGGGGAGCAGCUGGGACGCUACUUUGAUGACAUGUGGGCGCUCGACAUUCCUAGCCUGAGCUGGAACAAGGAGUGCGGACUGCCCUUCUCGCCGCGCAAGGGACACACGAUGCACCUGCUCCCCGCCGACUUCACCGCCACUCGCGCCCGCCAAGACAUGCUGGUCGUGUUCGGCGGCCUCGUGAAGGCGUCGCGUGUGCGGCCGCGCCCUGCGGACCCGGAGCUGCCCACGCUGACCCAAGGCGACCCGGACUUCGCCUGCGCCCCGACAAACGCCGUGCUGCUCUACUACCCGACGCAGCGGCGAUGGUGUCAACUGAAGACGUGCGGCGAACAGCCCUCCGCGCGCUUUUACCACGUCUCCCAGCUCAUCACCGGGACGGCGCUGCUGCUCGUGUUCGGCGGGCGCUCCGCCACUCCGGCGCAGGCGGGCAACGGCACCGCUGCCGCCCCUGAAGGGGCGUUUCUUAACGAUAUGCACAUCCUCGACGUGUCUACCGGAUUUUGGCGCCACAUCCGAGAUGUCACCGGCGAUAUCCCGUCGCCGCGCAUGUGCGCCGCGAGUGUGUUCGUGAACGACACGUUUGGCGUGUUUGCCGGCGGCGGCGACACCUACUGCGAGGAUGCCUUCGAGUUUUCCCUGCAGAGCCGUCGGUGGCGGCGCCUGAAGCCGAACAACCAGCCGGCCUGCUCGCGGCCUACCGUCACCUACACGAAGGACCGCCUCGUCUUCUUUGGUGGCUUUGCCCCGCGGACUGGCGUCAUGAGCUGCACAAUGGAGCUCUGCCUUUCCCCGCUGUCGCUCAAGAACCAGUGCCUGCUGUGGUGGAGCCGAUGCGCCUUCGAGAAGCACAUCCGCUCCUGCACGAAGAGCCGCGCGGCGGAGAUGGAGGAUAAGGCGACUGCGGCAGCCGCGAUGGAGCGCAGCGGGAGCGGCUGGUGCACAGGCUGCGGUGGGCAAGUGACGCUGCAGUGCAGCCCUGCUGCGACAGCUCACAGCAGCCCCAUCGCUACACCGCGAUCGUGGGGCGUCAGCCACGGGUUCCGCCGUCCAGCUCCGUUGCGCGUGCCAAGCUUUGACCAAAGCGGCACGUCAUCCGCGGCAGCCCCCGCAUGGGGUGGCGGGCCGCUAGCGGCACAGUCGUCCGCCCGUGGCGCUCUAACGCUGUCCCCGACACCGUCGUACUCGCCGUCAUCGCCGAUUGUCUUCUCGCCCGUCGCAGGUGGUCCGAAGUCGACGCCGUCGCGUCAGGACGCAGCCGGUAGCAACACGAACCCCACAGGUGGCGGCACAGUCCAUGCGUCGGGUUGUGGUGGAACGGCGACGGCGUUCUGCUCGCCGGCCUCCGUCGCACCGCCGGCACACAACCUUUUUCCCUCUCGCCCUGGCACGGUGAUCAACUCGUCGUGCAGCCCCAGUCAGGCUGGGAGCCCGGCGACUGUUUCCACUGCUGCCUCAGCGGCACAGACACAUCUGUGGCCUCACAUGGGCACCGACAGCGUCGUCUGUGGCGGCGGCGGCAGCAGUAACAACAACAGUACUACAGUGCACACCCGCGGCAACGCCGCACUCGCGGUGGCGGACGCAAAUGUGGUGACAGGGUCCGCUGACGGCACGCGACGGUGCUCGGUCCCGUCCCCCGUCCCCGCCCUCUCCCACUCGGCGGCAAGCGCGUUCUUCUGCUCUGCGCCUUCACCUUCCCAUACGGCAGUCUCGGGCAGGUCGUCGCUUCCACCCCCUGUGACCGCCACGGGCGAGCAGCCCGCGUCGGCGUGCUUCAUCACGAACUGCGCUCGCCACCUUGGCGGCUACGUCGCGGCAUCCUUUCCCCGCCUCACCAGGUGCAGCCCAAAUCAAGCGCCUCCGCCAGCCCACGCCGGAGGGCCCUCACCAGCAGCGGCGGUCGUGAACAGCGGGCGCAGAGGCGGCAGUGGAGGUGCUGGCAGUGGAAGCUGGUGUUUCUCUUCGCAUAUGCGGUCACCGGCCAGUCCGUUGCAAGGGCGCGCGAUUCGCGUGGAUGUUGCGCUUCCUGGUCCCUCGCCGUCCCCACAGCCCCCGUACGACUCCAGCGCUGGAGUCGUCGGGUACCGGCAGUCUUCGCCGUUCGUGCACCGCUCCAACAGUAUCCCCAACGGCGGCGGCUCCGCCUUUGCCAUCCUUCAGCAGCAGCCGCUCACGUCAACGCAGGUCACCGAAUCUACCUCUAGCCGCGCCUCCUCAGCUCACAGUACGCGCUCGGCAUCGAUGAUGUCGGCUGCCCAUCUUCCGAAUACCUACGUGAAGCAUACGAUCCAAAGACUGGAGGGGUUGACCGGGCCAUACCUGCUCCAGGCUCUGGCAGCCAGGUUGAAGCGGCAUGAGGCGGAGGCGAGCACGGCCAAGCGGACACUGUAA